AUGGCUAGUGUCGCAGUAAAAGAGCCAAAGGCUGCUAUAACUCCAAAAAAGAAGACAAAGCCUUCUCGUUUAUGCUACACUCCUCCUACCAACAUUGCAAAUAGUAAAAAAAAAAUCCUGUAUACCCGCUAUGAUUGUAUAGGAGAAGGAGGAUUUGCUAGAUGCUUUCGGGUGAAAGACGAUAAUGGAAAUAUAUAUGCAGCAAAGGUUAUAGCUAAAGCAUCAUUACAGAAUGAUAAAACUCGGCAAAAGCUUUUUGGGGAAAUAAAAGUGCAUCAGUCCAUGAGCCACCCGAACGUUGUAGGGCUCAUUGACUGUUUCGAAGAUAAAACAAAUGUCUAUUUAGUUUUGGAACUUUGUGAGCACAAGUCAUUGAUGGAAUUGCUACGAAAGAGAAAAUUGCUCACGGAACCAGAAGUACGAUUUCUCAUGCUUCAGAUUUUGGGAGCAUUAAAAUAUAUGCACAACAAAAGAGUCAUUCAUCGGGACUUGAAGCUCGGGAAUAUAAUGUUAGACGAAAGCAAUAAUGUAAAAAUUGGUGAUUUUGGUUUAGCUGCCUUGCUUAUGGAUGAUGAAGAACGAAAGAUGACGAUAUGUGGUACUCCUAACUAUAUUGCACCUGAAAUUCUAUUUAAUUCAAAAGAAGGGCAUUCAUUUGAAGUUGAUCUUUGGAGUGCUGGUGUGGUAAUGUAUGCUCUUCUAGUGGGAAAACCUCCGUUCCAAGACAAGGAAGUAAAGACUAUUUAUAAAAAAAUUAAGGCAAAUUCUUACGGCUUCCCUCCUAAUAUUCCUAUUUCAUCAGAAGCUAAGAAUCUAAUCGCUUCUCUGUUGACGCAAGACCCAUCUGUUCGUCCAAGCGUUGACGAAAUAGCAAAUCAUGAUUUUUUCCAUUCAGGUUAUAUGGCUUCCUCCCUACCUGAUGAUAUUUUAUCUAUUCAGCCCGUAUGGCCCUCUACGCAAUCCAGAUCGAGCUUUCAAAGAAAUUUGGAUUAUGUAGCAUCGGCAGCUGGCGUCGGUUUUGGCAAAUCAGCUGGAAUUGAAAAGAAUAAACCGUAUGCAUUAAAAACAGAUGAGGGAGAUGAUGAUCACAUUCUUCCUAGCGUUUUAAGUCCUCGAGAUCGGGUAAAUCCAGUCAUGAAAAUUGGACCAGAAACAAAACCCAGUUCUACGAAGCUAUCUUCGAUUUUUGAAGCAGCCCGCAAGACAAAUGAAGAGACCCUUCCUUCAAGAGUAAAAGCACUAAAAGAAGAGUCUCGUUCCGUCCCGAAAUCCAAACUUACACGCUCUGGUACUUUAGAUUAUGAAACACGCUCAGGUUCCGUUUCCAUUGGCAAUUUAUCAGACAACGUAAUAUGGAUUAACAUAAAAAAAACUGCUCUGAAGAUUGGCAUGGGACUUGAAUCACGACCCGUGGCCUCAAGUCAAGAACCCAUGACAGCGAAAAAUAUCCUGUUCAUCACCAAAUGGGUUGACUAUUCCAACAAAUACGGUCUAGGAUAUCAGCUAUCGAAUGAGUCGGUGGGUGUGCAUUUCAACGAUCAAACCUCGUUGAUAUUCUCUGCAGAUGAGAACGUGAUUGAAUACAUAAGUCAUCAAAAGAAUGCAGAGGCAAAACAUACGAUGUUUUCGACGGGCAAGGCGCCUGAUGCUCUAAAAAACAAAAUUUAUCUUCUUAAGCAUUUUAAGAGCUAUAUGGUACAAAAUCUAUCACGGGCUGUACAGGAUGAAACACUUGACGAUAUUGAUAUAAAAAAUGCCGGCUCUAUGGUUUUCAUGCAUAACUAUCUCAGGACUCGUCAAGCAAUUAUGUUUCGGUUAAGUAACGGAACCUAUCAAUUUAAUUUUGUCGACCACGUCAAAGUCGUUGUUUCACCAGGUGUACAAGGCAUUAUGGUAUUAGACAAAGAGAAAGAGAAAAUGGUAUUUACAUUGGAAGAAGCAUGCUGGUUCACUGAGGAUUUACGGUCACGCUUGAAAUAUAUUCGUGAAGUAUUAGAAUCCUGGGCUUCGAAGUUGGAAUCCGCACGUUAA